GUCUCAGGGUCACUGGGACGAGCCGUUCUUCUUCAUCCAGAUCGCGGACCCGCAGCUGGGAAUGGUGAAGGCUGAUGGUCCCGUGGGGGGAGCGGUGUGGGAGAUCGAGGCCGAGCGGCUGUCACGUGUGGUCGGAAUCGUGAACAGGCUGCGGCCCAAGUUCCUCCUGGUGACCGGGGACAUGACGCACGCCCCACCGGGUAACGAGUACUACGAGGGACAGGUAACCUCCGCGCGCCAGCUACUGGGAAAGGUCUCGGAGACCAUCCCGGUCCUGUACUGCCCCGGAAACCACGACCUUGGCGACGCUAACGGGGGUAACGACGACGAGUCGGACUACGUCCGAAGGUUCGGAGCGGACUACUACUCCUUCUGGUGUGGAGGAAUGAGGGGGCUCGUGCUCAGCACCCAUCUCUGGGCCAGCCCCACCUCUAACCCGGAGAGGCGCUUGGCGCAGGAGCGUUGGCUGGACCAGGAGCUAGAAGUGGCAAAGCUCAACGCGCACCACUUGAUAGUCGUGGGACAUCACCCUUGGUUCCUGCAGGACCCGCACGAGGAGGAGCACCCGACGUGGACGCCGAUUCCGAGGAAGACGCGCCUCCGCUGGCUGGCCAAGAUGGGCCACUGCAAGGUGAAGUUCAUCUUCUCCGGCCACUGCCACCGCAACUACGAGGCCAGGGUGAAACGGCCGAUUGCCGUCGAUACGGCACCGCGACCGACUCCCGCGGCCGCCGCCGCCGCCGCCGCCAUUGCUACCCCCGACAAUAACGCCGCAUCGGGCGGAGACCCCGCCCCUCCUCCCGGCGACGUCCCCGGGCCAUCACCACCGUCGCCAUCUGCGGGGGGUGCCGUGGAUCCCAGCUCCGGCGAUGGUACCACGAUGACGGCGGCGGUAGGCCAGGAGGGGAGCGCCGUCGUUGAUGAUGAUGCGACGUCUCGGCAAGUGGUGGUGGACGUCAGGGGGGAGGGCUCCGAGGAUGAUUUGAGGAACGGUGUCGGUGGACAAGGGGAAGCUGAAGACGCGCCGGGAUCGAUCUCGGAUGAUGAUGAGGUGUGUUGA